GCGUUGAGCUAAACGGAGAUUAGAUUGAUGGAGCAAAACCGACGGCUGCGACGGAUACGAUGAGGCCAGCUAUCGGUCUUGGCACACGUGAUGGGUCCCUCGAGGUGACUAUCGGCACGUGUUGAUAAGACAUCCAAAAAUUUCCCUUCGGUGUGAAGAUCGCAAGUGGAAACGAAACAGAGCCACCCAUCACAUCGCAAUGGCGACCGCUACGCAACAGCCGGAAAAUUCCGGUCUGCAAAAUAUUUCUGCCUUAUUGGAAACUAUUACUGGCUGUCUCACCACUGCCGGAUCAUCCCUCCCCAAGGACAAGCGAGAUACACCCUCGGAGGUGUCAAUCGAACCUCCGCAAGAUGGUAUAUCGCUGCUAGAUACCAAGAGCGACUUGCUUCUCUCCUAUAUACACAAUCUCGUUUUUCUGGUGCUGUUUCAAUUGCGUGGACUAUCAAAAGAUCGUGAUAGCGAUGCUGAAGCAGAUCAGUCCCUGCGAGAGGAGACCGUCAAAAAGCUCGCAGAAUUACGGGUUUACCUGGACCGCGGUGUGAGGCCUUUAGAGGGACGACUUAAGUAUCAAAUAGACAAAGUGGUUAAGGCCGCUGAGGAUGCGGAAAGAGCCGAACGCACCGCUGCGAAGACCAAGGCAACCCAAGCAGAAGAUUCUGGCAGCGACAAUGAGUCGGCAUCGGAGGACUCAAGCGAUGGUGAAGGGGAUAGCGCGGAAGGAAGUGAUGAUGAUCAGGAAGAUAUCGAUGAGAUGGCAUACCGGCCCAAUAUCUCAGCCUUUGCGAAGAAAGUCGAACCGGAAGCGCGGGCAGAGAAGUCUACCAAGAAUGCGCCCAGCGAUGGCAUCUAUCGCCCACCGAAGAUCAUGCCGACAGCUCUUCCCACUACCGAAACCAGAGAACGUCGGGAACGUGGUCCACGCCGGUCGACCGUUAUCGAUGAGUUCGUCAAUGCGGAGAUGUCGUCCGCACCGAUGGCGGAGCCUAGCAUUGGCAGUACAAUCGUGCACGGUGGCAGGCACACCAAAUCGAAGAAGGAAAGGGAACAUGAAGCAGAACGAACAACCUAUGAAGAAACCAACUUUAUCCGAUUGGCAAAGGAGAGCAAAAAGGACCGAGCCAAAAGAGGUGGCCAGGCCAAGGGCACUUAUGGAGGUGAAGAAUGGAGAGGCCUUACUGAAGGUGCAGACCGUAUUUCAAGGCUUACACGCAGGGCUAAGGGAAGCGGUGGCGCGCUGGAUAGGAGUCGGAAACGCAAGCACGGCGACGACGGGCCGCGCGGGGAUGGUGCAGCUGUGGGUCAAAUAUUUGAGAAGCGCCGGAAGAAGAUCGAGGGUUGGAAACGGUAGCUGCAUUUAUUUUCCUCGUUCUUUGGAAUGAACGCAUCUGUAACUAUUUAUUCUGAUACCAUUGGAGAAGCUUCCACAAUUUAUGUCUUUGUACGGCUGGGGCGUGUGUUUCAUCAAUUAGCCAUGCACAGAGACUUCAAGGAGUAGAAUAAGUACCACCUAGUAGCCAGAUAUGCUUGCCCGACAGGUAAGAUAGCAGUGAGCAGCAUAUAGUAGAACUAAUCAGGACAUGUCUACCUAACUCGGUACAGAGAGACCACGUAAUGAAUUGUAACUUGCUGACUGCAGACUAACAAUCAAGCUGCACAUCAGCGGACAGUGAGUGUAUAUGGCCGGUCUCCUGCAGUAGAA